CACAGCUGUUGCCACGGUCACCACGCGCGAGUCUCAAAGUAAACAAAGUAAAAAUGCAAGAAAUUGGCUAGAAAUCAGUCUAAGCUGGGCUAACAGUUGCGAGUUGAGUUUUUGUUCAACAAAAGAAAUAAAUUAACAGCCAAAAAAUGUCGCAAAUUAGCAAAGAAGAAAUCGAGGAAAAGACAAAAACCGCCUGCAAGGAGCUGGAGUCCACGGAUCGUGCACACAAGACAAAGAUCCUGAAGGAAAUGCUCGCCUGGGUGGAGAGCUGCAACGAUGAGGGAAACACAGAGCUGCUGGCUGAAUACUUUGAUCGUUUGUAUCUGCAUCUGCUGAAGUGCUAUCACGAUCGUUUCGAGAGCGUGCGCGAUGGGGCUGUGCGCCUGGUGGACGCCUACCUGGAGCGCCUUCCGCCGAUGGACUUCAAUCUGCUGAAUGUGGUGUCCACGCUGACGGAGCGCAUGGGCCAGGCCGAGACGGUGGAGCCCAGCGAGGAGAUUCGUCUCCUGUACAUUGGGCAACUGCAUUUGAUGGUGCGCAAGUACGCGAAAAUGGGCAACGUGGGCGUCUUCCGUGAGUGCUACAAUCUGCUGGUGAAAGUGUUGAACAAGGCCAUCCGUGAUGAGUAUCCCGUGGUGCAGCGCGAGGCUUGCACCACACUGGUGGCACUCUGUGGCGUGGCCGAGACUGCGGAGCUGCGGCCGUACACCGAACAGCUGGCUGUGGCGCUGUAUGGAAUGCUCAACCACAAGCACGCUCCAGCGCGCAUCUCAGCGGUGGAGGCACUCGGGCGUCUCAGCCUGCACAUGGAUGCCAGCGCGGAGAGCAUGCGCCGGCUGUUUGGUGAGGUGUCGCCACUCCUCAUGGACCGCAUGCCGCUGGUGCGUCGCGAGGUGGGCCUGAUGGGUGUCCUUAUGCUGAUGGAUCUGCUCGAUCGUUACUCCUUCUUCGAGCGCAUUCUGCCGCUGGUGCUGUGCUGCCUCAAGGACGACUCCCCGGAAGUGCGCAGCCACAUCCUGCCGCUGUGGGUCAAGUGCGGCAAGCAGUAUUACGACGAGAACGAAGCGGAGUUGUCGCAGCAGGAGAUCAGCGAUCUGCCAGUGGAUAACUACCCCAAGGAUGUCAAGCGCCCAACGAUCGGGUGUCGUGGCUUGGUGCAGCGUUCGCUGCGUUUGCUGACUCUCAUCACACGCGAAACGACCGACUGGAAGGACAAUGUUCGCCUGCACUCGCUGAAGCUGCUCUACCAGUUUGUGGUGCACGCGGAGGCGGCCAUGACGGCCAAGUUCUAUGAGAUUUAUCCGGAUGUGUCGCAUGCCUGCUGCGAUGCCGUGGCAGAGGUCAGUGCGGAGGCUGCCAAGGUGGCCGAUCUGAUGGGCCGUCUGCUCUGCUACGAUGCGUGGAUCGAGCAUGGCUUCGAUGGAUUGCAGCGCAAUGCUCGGGAGUCCUACAUGAAGUGUUUCUACUACAUGUUCACCGCCUCGAAUGGUGCCAGCUACGAGCAUCUCAUUCGCUUGGGCAAGCUGCUGCGGGACACCGAAUACUCGCACACCCUGAAGCCGGGCUUUCAGCUGUUCAUCCUCAAGCUGCUGGACACCAUGCUGGACAAGUCGCUGGAGGUGACAGCCACACAGGAGGAGCUGCAGACGCUCUACGAGAGCGUCUAUGUCGUGGGCAUCAAGGUCAUGGCUUUGGGCUACUCCUUGAACAGCGACAAUUCCGACUUGAAUGUGGGUCAAAGGGUCUUGGAGCGCGUUGCACAGUUCCUGGACUUGACGUUGGACCAGCUGCAUGAGCGCUGCUUUCACCUGGCACUGGCGGACGUGCAGAAUCUGGAUGCUGCGCUGGAGGAUAAUGUCGAGCCCGUGCUGCUGCUGGACGGACUCAUCAACAUCGGACAUUUGCGUCGCUCCUAUCUGAAGCUGCUCAUCGAACGCGUGAAGAUUGUCUUUGAAUAUUGUUCCGCGAAUGCGCAGAUUCGCAUCUUUAGCAGCCUCUCGAUGGCCGCGCUGCACUGGUCCAGCACAAUGCUGCCCGCUGAGGAUAAGGACACUCCCAGCAUGUUGAAAACCUUCGUCACGGACAUAGUCGAACCCUAUUUGACGUGGAAAGCGGGCGCCAAUGCCGAAUCCAUGCGCACCCUGGCCAUGGCCACGCUCUGUGCGCUCUCACAGAGCGCUCCGGAGGCUGUGCUCGAGGUUCUGCCCUCGCUGGUCAAGCAUAUGCCCAGCCUGCUCGAAGAUCGCAACUCGAGCACUCGCAAUUAUGCCAUCAAAACGGUGCACUACUUCCGUAACUUGAGCGUGGAGGAGCUGAAGCCACUGGCCUAUGCCACAAUGCAGCGCAUGGACGAUCCCUCGGCGGGCAUUCGCUCAAUGGCCGCGCUGGCCGUGAGCAAGCUGUCGCCCGUCUUCCAGGGCGACUCCGAAGAGGACAUUCAACACCAGCACGAAGUCUGGGAUACAUUUAUUAAGCGUUCGAUGGAUUUGUUGCUGCUCUAUCACGAGAGCCCCGAAAAGGACAUCAAGAAGGCGGCAGAGCUGAGCCUCGAGAAUCUGGCCAUAGACCACCCCGAGGCCUGGACGGAACGCUGCCAGCACGCCCUGAACAUGUCCCAUAAGCAGGAUGAGCUGCUGAAACUCUACGAAAAGCUGAGCAUCAACAAGGUGCCGCUGCAGCCCAAGAACUGAAUUCCAAUUUUCUUUUUUUUUGAUUAAUUUCCUUUGCUUUAAUUCAUGUUAAUUAUUUAUUGUACACUUUUUGGUCCAAACU